UCUCCUUUGUUACGUCUUCAUAAAAAUGUCUGAUACUUUCUUGCCAACUGCUUUAUAUGAACAUGAUCAUGAAGACAUAAGUUUAGACCUUUCAUCACAAGAUUUAAUUUCCGUUCCUGAAAUUAAUAAUGAAUUCUUAAGUGUUCUUUACUUGCAGAGCAAUAAUUUAACAUACCUGCCUGAAGAUAUUUUCAAUUCACUACCAAAUUUAAAAUGGUUUGACUUACGAGAUAAUAAACUAACGGAUAUUCCAAAAACAGUGAAAUAUCACCGAUCACUUACUCAUAUUUUACUACAAAAUAAUAAAAUUACAACUUUACCAAACGAAAUAGGUACAGUGACAAGUUUAAAAGUGCUCCAGUUGAGCGGAAAUCCGCUAAUGUACCCGCCAAGAGACGUGAUUAAAGCGGGAACUGAAAGUAUUUUGAAGUUUCUGAACGAAAAAUUCGUUGAAGAAACGCUGGAAGAAUCGAGGUCUAAUGUAUCGGAUAAGGCAAGUACAAGCGAUUGUUUAGUUAAGUCAGGUUUGGUCGCUCGGAGCUACAACUCAGUUAUAGACGGCCCUAGAAUACCGCCACAUAAAACAUUGUCUGUACAAUUUAGUGAGAGAGACUAUGUUGACGACGACGAAGAAUUGUAUUCAAGGACGAAAGAGAAAUGUCCCAAAUUAGCGAAAAGUCGAUCAAAACCUUUACCACCGUAUUGCCAGAGCGCCAAAUAUUUAAGACCACUGGUAGCUUGUCCCAAGAUGGAGCAAGAAGGGAAAUUGAGGCAAAGUUUGCUAAAAGACAUGGCUUUGAAGAAACAGAAAGAUCUUAUAGCGAGAAGGGAUAAAAUCAUACAAGGAAAGAGAAAUAUCGAACUCUUAAAGAACUGGCGUAAAAACUACAGACACAGACAGCUAACUCUGUCAGUCCAAGACAACAAAUAUAAACUCACGGCUAAAACCUAUCCAUAUGAUACGAACCCUGAAUACAUGAGCCUUUUAUCACGUGAGGACAUAGAGAAAGACCUACCUGAUAAAUAUAGGAAGGGGUUGCAUCGGAGGCCUAAACCAACCGUGCCGAGAAAGAGCAACAAUGAUGUGAAUCUAGCUAUGAAGAUUAAGAAGUUGUUCGAAAAUCUGGAAGCUAUCGAUUUGAACAGGGAUACCAUGUCGCCGAGGACUGAGCAGAGAGUUCUCUUAGAGGAGAUACAAAAGAUAUCGGAAAUAAAACAAAAACUAAUGGAGAUCUCGACUACAAAUUCAAGAUCGGUUUCAGUGGAAUAA